AUGAAUAGUGAGUUUUGCAAGAUGAUUAGAACAAUUGUGAAAGAAGAAGCUGAGUUCGACGUGAAAGAAUUUGACCGCCAAACAAAUAAGUUAAAGCAUUCACUUCGUGGGUGCAACGAGAAAGACAGAAUGGAGAAGAUACGAGAAAUGAUAUUAAAGCGUGACGUCAACAACAUCCAGCAUAAACCAGAAGUAAAAGUCCGUUGUAUUAAUAUCCCUGAAAACAAAGAUCAUAAAAAGCGUAAAACAACAAAAGUGGACAACUCUCCUUCACCUGUUAGUGGAGUUUUCAAUGAAGCGUCGUCGUCGUCGCCUAUCCCUAAGAAAAAACAGAAGAAGUUCGACUAUUCUACUGCAAAGAGUUUACCGGACUCGCUUUUGGACAAAAUUAAUCAGUUAGGGGGAGAUGGUGUGAUUUUGAUUAUUCAAAAAACCUUAUGUUUAACCGACUUGAGUAAUCAUCAUCGUCGCGUGUCACUCCCCAAAAGUCAAAUGAAACCCGGUUCAACAACGUUUCUUAAUCCCGUUGAGAGAGACUUUCUCGAUUCCGAUGGUGAUGAAAAUGGUAGACCAAAACUGAUUGUGGGGUUCAUUGAACCGUCUGGAAGCAUGGACGAAAUAACAUUAGGAACAUGGAAUAUGGGAGAGAACCGAAUGUAUAACUUGAUGCAUACAUGGAAUAACGUAGUAGCUGCAAACAAGUUAAAAGUCGGAACAUCAAUUCAACUUUGGGCUUUUCGAGUUCAAUCCAAACUCUGGUUUGCACUAGUUAUUGUUUAA